AUGGUGUCCUCUAUAACACAAGUGAAAAAUAGAAAUAUGGAGAAAAUUCAGCCUCCCCAGCCCAUGAGUUUCAGUGGAAACAUUGCAGAGAAUUGGAGAAAAUGGGAGCAAAGGUACAGAAUUUAUAUGAAGGCUGCAGAAUUGUCCGAAAAAGACAAUGAUGUGCAGAAGAAAAUAAAUCCUCGUCAACUACCGCGAACAACCAACACAGUUUUACAUGCAUUUGGUAACUCAAAAAUCAGACCAAUUGGUAAAACAGAAGUAAAGUGUACAAUAGGAAGUACAGUGAAGAAUCUACAAUUUUAUGUCACUGAUAGAGCAGAUACAGCUAUUUUAGGGCACAGAGCAUGUGAAAAGUUUAAUCUAAUACAGGGAUUAGAAGUAAAUGUGCUGAAUCGACAUGAUCUUAUUGAAGAAUACCAAGAUGUUUUUAAAGGAAGCAGAGAGGCAGAAAGUUUAAAAGCAGGCGAUGUCGUUUGCAUACGUAAUAAUAAAACAUGGGAACCAGGAGUGAUAUCCAGAAAAUCAGUUUAUCCUCGUUCCUACUACGUACAGUAUGAUGGCCAAGAGCUUCGCCGCAAUCAAAGACAUCUUUUGAAAACAAAAGAACCGUAUCCUAUAUUCAUUCAUGAUUAUCCCGAACCUAAUACACAAUUACCUCAAAAUUGUAUUGAUGAACGAGUCUUACCACCACCAAUUUUAACACCUGAACCUAAACCACAGAUGUCUAGUCCGAAUACAUCAUCCGUAGCCAAACGUGUGUUGUCAAGAAAACGUGUUAAGCGUCGACCAACCAAAUAUGACGAUUAUGUUUAA